AUGUGUUCGUCGGAUAGCAAGCGGCAUGUCCCCAAAUACCAUUUAGUGCAAAAGUUUCAUCGUUCUAAGCAUAGUGUCGCAGCAAGAGCGAAUUUUAUCUCUCUCACCAGCUGUCGCAGACUUGGUAUCGAGAAGAAAGCUUUGGCGCUCAAUUUUAGCCCCCUUUAUAAAUCUCUCGAAGAAGAUGAGUUUACUUGCGAGGUAUUAAAGUGCCCGGAGGUACGCGGAGCGACUUCCCUGACAAAUGAUUCGAGAUAUGAUUACUAUAGCAUUUAUGCGAAGCCGAUAGCUGACGCAAACGCCACGUGCGUUCCAGCAACUGGCAUGUUUUACUUCCUGCAGUUACAGCUCAACAGCUCGCAGUCUCAGCUGUCUUGCAGCAAUAAGGGCGGUGUACUCGCCGACGUUAGCAGCGAGCACAGAACUGAUGCACUGUCGCAGCUGUUGAUCGGAGCUGGGGUGCCUAGUGCGUUCGUGGGCAUGCAGAGGAGUGACCAAAAGUUUUAUGCAACAAAUGGUGAUCCACUUGAUUGUACUAGCUACCGCGCAUGGUCCCCUGGUCACCCUCGACGGAACUCGUCGUAUAGUUGCGUUGUUCUAACUCAUCAACACACGUGGCGGUCUGUCGCUUGCGAAGAUACACUACCAUCAUUGUGCGAGAUUAUGCCUGGUGGGCCCUAUGAACCAGGGUCAUUGUACAGCAAGAAGGGACAUAGCAAUGGGUGUGUAGUUUCAGUUUGA